GGCGGAAGGCGAGCGCGGUCCUCGGGGCCGCGGAGUGCUGAGGGCCCUGGGCGGCGGCGGGGAGGGGACGGCGGCCGGCGGUUCCGGACGCCGGGCGCUGCACGACCGCGGCCUGCCGCCCUGCCACGCUCUGGGGACCGUCGGGCUCUCCCCGAGCGGGCUCCCCACGCCCAAGGGUAGGCGGACGGCCCCGGGCUCGCCCGGGCGCCUCUGUCUCGGCCCGGGACCCGCCGCCGCCGUCCGCAGGCCCGCCCGCCGGUCGGCAUGGACGAGGAGAGCCUGGAGGCGGCCCUCCAGACCUACCACGCCCAGCUGCGGCAGGUGGAGCGGGCCCUGGACGCGGGCCCGGGCGCCGGCCCGGACGCGGGCCUGGACUCCGGCCUGGGCGCCGGCCUGGACGCGGCCGCCGAGGCGGACCUGCGCCAGCUGCAGGGCGACCUGAAGGAGCUGAUCGAGUUGACCGAGGCUAGCCUAGUGUCUGUCAGGAAGAGCAAGCUGCUGGCCGCGCUGGAGCCAGAGCCCCCGGCCCGGGACGAUGCCGAGUACCUGGCUUUCCAGAAGGCCAUCGCGGAGGUAGCGGAGACGCCUGCCGCCCCCGGGGCCGACCUGGAGACUGCCCCCGAGGAAGAGGCGAGGCCAGAGCCUACCACCCCUGGGCCGGGAGAGGGAGAGGACCGAGACCCGGAGGACGAGCUGAGCGGUGCCAAGGUGAAAGCGCCCUACUACAGCGCCUGGGGAACCCUGGAGUACCACAACGCUAUGGUCGUGGGCACCGAGGAGGCCGAGGAUGGCACGGCCUGCGUGCGCGUGCUCUACCUGUACCCCACCCACAAGUCCCUGAAGCCCUGCCCGUUCUUCCUGGAGGGAAAGUGCCGCUUCAAGGAGAACUGCAGGUUUUCCCAUGGGCAGGUGGUCUCUGUGGACGAGCUGCGGCCUUUCCAGGACCCAGACUUGAGCUUGCUACAGGUGGGCUCUGCUUGUCUGGCCAAACACCAGGAUGGCCUCUGGCACCCAGCACGGAUCACAGAUGUGGACAGUGGCUACUAUACAGUUAAGUUUGACUCACUUCUGCUAAAGGAGGCUGUGGUUGAGGGGGACAGCAUCCUGCCCCCUCUGCGCACGGAGGCCACAGAGUCGUCCGACUCAGACAGCGGUGAUGCAGAUGAUUCCAGCUAUGCCAGAGUGGUGGAAUCUACUCUAGACACUGGAACCUGCAGUUCUGCCUUUGCUGGCUGGGAGGUACACACGCGAGGCAUCGGCUCCAAACUCCUUGCCAAGAUGGGCUAUGAGUUUGGCAAGGGUCUGGGCCGACAUGCAGAAGGCCGAGUGGAACCUAUCCAUGCCGUGGUGUUGCCUCGAGGGAAGUCACUGGACCAGUGUGCCGACAUUCUUCAAAAGAGGACCAAGAGGGUUCAGGCUGGUGCCAGCAGGCCCCCAAGGUGCCGGGGGAGUAGGGGGGGACCUAGGGGCCGUCCACCCCCUCGGAAUGUGUUUGACUUCCUGAACGAAAAACUGCAAAGCCAGGCUCCUGGGGUCCUGGAAGCUGGGGUUGACCCCCCUGGAAGGAAGAACAAGGACAUGUACCACGCCAACAAGAGUGCAAAGCAGGCUCUGAGCCUGCAGCUCUUCCAGACUGAGGAGAAGAUCGAGCGGACCCAACGGGAUAUCCGGGGAAUCCAGGAGGCUCUCAGCAGGAAUGCUGGUCGGCACAGCGUGGCGGCAGCUCAGUUGCAAGAGAAGCUGGAGGGAGCCCAGAGGCAACUGAGGCAGCUUCGAGCUCAGGAGGCCGGCCUACAGCUCGAGCGACGGAAAGCUGACACCCACAGGAAGAUGACGGAGUUCUAGAGGCCAGCACGUCCAUGAAUGGAGCCCAGGAUCUCAGCGCCCAUCACUCUGGUGGGAAGGCAGCUGUCAUCCUGAUUCCUAGGAGACCCUACCGAAGAAGAGCCAGCCCACCCUAGGCUGCCCCUUGUUUAGCCUCACUUGCCUGGAGCCUAUGGGCAGUGCUGAGUGCAAAUGGGCUGCAGGUCAUUUCUGGACACCUGUUCACCAAGCUCACCCACCAGUGACUUGGGGUAUCUCCUUAGCAAGGACAUUAAAGUGAUUUCAUUACUGUGUCACUCAGUGAA